AUGAGCAGUGAACCCCAAUCGAAGCGUACGAAAAUGAGCGCCUUAGAUCAACUGAAACAAUUUUCUACGGUUGUAGCCGACACUGGCGAUUUUGAAGCCAUGAAAGCCUAUAAACCUACCGAUGCUACAACAAAUCCAAGCCUCAUUUUAUCUGCAGCUGGAAUGGAGCAAUACCAACACUUGUUGGACAAAGCCAUUAAAUAUGGCAAAGAUUGUGGAGGAAAUUUAGAUGAACAAUUAUCUGAAACAUUGGACAUGCUCAGCGUAUUAUUUGGAUGUGAAAUUUUGAAAAUAAUUCCUGGAAGAGUGUCAGUUGAGGUAGAUGCCAGGUUAUCCUUCGAUAAAGAUGCUAGCAUGGCUAAGGCUUUAAAGCUUAUUACAAUGUUUGCAGAGCAUGGUAUUAAGAAAGAAAGAAUUUUGAUAAAGUUGGCAUCAACUUGGGAAGGAAUUCAAGCUGCAAAGGAAUUGGAGAAGAAACAUGGCAUUCACUGUAAUUUGACAUUGUUGUUCUCAUUAUAUCAAGCAAUAGCAUGUGCAGAGGCAAGUGUCACUUUAAUUUCACCAUUUGUCGGCAGGAUACUGGAUUGGUAUGUUGAACACACAAAGAGUGCAUAUGAGGCUAAGGACGAUCCAGGUGUGUUGUCUGUGACUCGUGUAUUCAAUUAUUAUAAGAAGUUUGGUUACAAGACACAAGUAAUGGGCGCCUCAUUCCGCAACACUGGGGAGAUAAGAGAACUUGCUGGCUGUGACUUAUUAACUAUUAGUCCAAAACUAUUGCAAGAACUUGCUAACAGUGACCAGCCAAUUAAAAAGGCAUUGGAUUCUAAGAGUGCUGCACAGAGUGAUAUUGAAAAGAUUUCUCUCAACGAAGCCCAGUUCCGUUGGCACCUGAAUGAAGAUCAGAUGGCCACAGACAAACUUUCUGAAGGCAUCAGGAAGUUUGCAGCAGAUACUAGAAAACUAGAGUCACUUAUUAAAUCAAUGCUUGCCAAGAAA